UGUCAAAUGUAUCGAACGCCUUGGGUCGGUCGUUGUGCUCGCGAGCCGUUGCCUCAAUCGUGCUAUGAAAUACCCAUAUUGAGUAUUGUUGUGUUUUCCCCGAGCUCAAUUUCGCGUUCGUACUGGUUUAAUGAGAAUGAACUGCGUUCUGUGUUCAGUGCUUGAAUAACAAUGCCAGUUGUGUCCAACAAUUGUGUAGUGCUGUGAAAAUACCUUGUGUUUGGUGGUCAAUCGGUGCUGAUCAACAAUGACCGAGAAGAAUAAAUCAGAGAAGAUGACUAAUGCAUCAAAACCUGUUCCCAUGAAACUUUUUGCAGCCUGGGAAGUGGACAGGACGCCAUCCAAUUGCAUUCCCAGGCUAUGCACACUGCGCGUCACACGUCUCCGAGUAUGCGGCGCGCUCGGCGAGGCGGGCGGCGGCGCGGCGGGCGGCGCGGGCGCAGGCGCGGUCAUCUUAGCAGCGCGGAUGCACAGCAGCAAGCGUACGCUGCGCUCAAAUGAUAUUGCCGUGCCGCCGCUGGAUGUGGAGCUGGAUUUGUGCUUCUCGCUACAGUACCCGCACUUCGUCAAAAGGGAUGGGAACAGGCUGCAGAUCAUGCUCCAGAGACGUAAGAAGUACAAAAACCGCACGAUCCUAGGAUACAAGACUCUGGCUGAAGGUGUCAUAAGGAUGGACCAGGUGCUGCAGCGUUCAAUGGACAUGGAGCUGGAGCUGACCGGCGUCGGCGGCAAGGUGGGCGCGGCGGCCGGGCAGCCGGUGGCCCGACUCAGCAUCACCGGGCUCGCCUCCACGCCGGUGGACCACGACACCAAGAACAACAACACUCUGCUCAUCACCGAGCGAGGGUACUCCGACGAGGAGGAGGAGGGCGAGUUCAGCUCGGUGGAGGAGGCCGACGAGGUGACGUACGGUGCGCAGGCGCGUCGUCGCGCGCACAGGCAGCUCGCCUUCAACAAGGCGGACCUGUCUUACACUAAGCUGUCCCGCUCUCGCGACUUGAGCUACAUGGAGCGCGAGCGAAAGAGACAGAGCUAUAUGCACUCCAAGGCGAACGACAGGGACAGCGACAGCGAGCUGGAAAACGCAUCCGCCAAGCGCAAGGGCAGCCGCGGCAAGCUCGCGCAACGCAACCUAAAGCAGAAAUUCGCGGCGCUGUUGCGUCGGUUCCGCGUCCCGGAGGACCUGGGAGAGCGAGGGGCUGCGCGGGACACGCAUCAUGCACAGCGGGACAUAGACGAGCUGUUCCAGGAGCUAGAGUCGCUAUCAUGCGGCGAGGGCGAAGACUCCGGGCCCGAUCAGAUGGACACCAUCAGCAUCGGCUCCACACCCAAACCCUCGCUGCGGCCUUUCUUUAGCAGCUCCCGAAGCCUGGCCAACCAGGACCACCACCGGCAUUCCAACGUGACGCGGCACGCGAGCCUCGCCUCCGCCGCCGAGCUGGCCACCGUGCGAGAGCGCCACGUCGCCACCGUCCCGCUCACAGAAUCAGAAGCCAUCAGGAGUUCAGCAGGCGAUGAGCGCGGCAGUGAAGGCAACAGUGACGGUGACGUCACAGCCGACGCCCCGGUGUCCGGGGCUUCUGUGUCGAGCUCACCGCCGAAUGACACUAAAAUGUCCAUGGAGGACAAGCGCUCCCGCCUGUUCCGAAGCGCGACUAGCGGAGGUAACUUGACCCCGGGCUCCGGCGGGCGCAAGAAGAACUCCCUGGUGUCGGCGGCGGAGCGCCCGCUGUCGGCGCACGAGCUGCCCGCGCAGAGCCCCACCGCGCUGGAGGUAAACACACAUGCGACUAGAACAGUAGUCAAUACCCCGGGCUCCGGCGGGCGCAAGAAGAACUCCCUGGUGUCGGCGGCGGAGCGCCCGCUGUCGGCGCACGAGCUGCCCGCGCAGAGCCCCACCGCGCUGGAGCCCCGCCGCGGCCUUUCAGAGCAGGUGGCUCGCGCGGUGGGCGAAGAGGGCCCCGCCCCCGAGGUGGUGGCCGUGGUGCCCCCGGGGGCCCCGGCCGCGGCCCUGCACGCGCUGGGCGCCGCCUGCGUGGUCGCCGCGCCGCACUCGCCCGACGCGCGGCAUCUGCUGCACGCGCUGUAUAAGCAGACGGGCCGGCGCGCGUGCGUGCGGGUAGUCAUUUGCGGCGGCGACGGAGCCACGGCGGCGGCGCUGCGGGCUCAUGCGGAGCUGGCUGCGCGCCGCCCGCACGACGCGCUGCAGAUACGGUUCUACAUCGUGCCCUUAGUGUGGGUGGUGAUAUGUGGCGGCGACGGAGCCACGGCGGCGGCGCUGCGGGCUCAUGCGGAGCUGGCCGCGCGCCGCCCGCACGACGCGCUGCAGAUACGGUUCUACAUCGUGCCCUUAGGCCAGAACACAGUGGCGCGCUACCUAGCAGCCAGUGACAGCACGUACGCAGCGCUGUUUACAGGCGAAUCAUGGCUCGCGCUGUGCGACCGGGCCAAUGACUGCGUGUCCGACAUCGCUGAGAUGUCUUCGAGGAUUGCCAGGUAUUUGAACACCAUCGGGCCCGUGAACAACGUGCCUAUCGGGGAGGCCAUGGUGGCCUACCGCGAGAAGUCCGGCGACGAGGACGCCAGCCAGACCUUCGUGCCCUUCAUCGCGGAGGUUCGCGUAGGCGUGAGCGAGGGCGCGGUGUCGUCGUUAGAGCUGGAGGAGGGCGGCGGCGGCUCGCCCCCCGCGCGGCCCUCGCCGCCCGCCACGCCCGCGCCCGCGCACGACCUGGCGCCGCCGCUGCUGCGCGCCGAGCCGCUCGAGCUGCAGCUGGACUACUGGCUGGUGAGUGGCUGGAGUGGGACGCCAGUGGAGCGAGGCCGCGUGUCCUCGCUGGAGGAGCACGACCUGGCGCCGCCGCUGCUGGCGCGCGCCGAGCCGCUCGAGCUGCAGCUCGACUACUGGCUGCUAGAGCUAGAGGAGGGCGACGACGCCGCCACUGAGCUACAGCUGGACUACUGGCUGGUGAGUGAUUGGAUUGUUGACACUAAAGGAACAGGAAGGCGGCGGUGGUUCGACUUGACGCCGCCGCUGCUGCGCACAGAGCCGCUCGAGCUGCAGCUGGACUACUGGCUGGUGAGUGGCUGGAGUGGGACGCCAGUGGAGCGAGGCCGCGUGUCCUCGCUGGAGGAGCACGGCCUGGCGCCGCCGCUGCUGGCGCGCGCCGAGCCGCUCGAGCUGCAGCUGGACUACUGGCUGGGCGCAGUGUCUUCGCUAGAGCUAGAGGAGCACGAGCUGGCGCCGCCGCUGCUGGCGCGCGCCGAGCCGCUCGAGCUGCAGCUGGACUACUGGCUGGGCGCAGUGUCUUCGCUGGAGCUAGAGGAGCACGACCUGGCGCCGCCGCUGCUGGCGCGCGCCGAGCCGCUCGAGCUGCAGCUGGACUACUGGCUGGUGCCGGGUCGCGCGGCGGAGGGCGCGGACGGCAAGGUGACGAUCAAGGCGUCGUUCCGCGCGCUGCACGUGUCGCGGCAAAACGCUCACCUCUGCAUCACCUACCUUACCAAGGAGAAGAAGCAGAAGAUAAUGCGCCUUGGCAAGAAGAAGGAGAAGUCCGGAGAAACGGAAUCAGGCCGCGCGCAAGUGGUUGACGGCGUGGCGCGUCUCAUCUGCUCCGCCAAGGGCUCGCACAACGCGCCGCUCAAAGUAUUCAUCGACGGCACCGAAUGGAACGGCGUCAAGUUCUUCCAGCUGUCCACGCAGUGGCAGACGCACGUCAAGACCUUCCCCGUGGCCACCUGCGGAGCGCCGCUCGCGCCCCCUGAGUCGUAAAGUCGGGGUCACUGACCGCUUGACAGCACUCGUGGUCAUCUUGGCCACCGCUCGGCGGCCGCAGCGUGCGCACCGCCAUCUACCGGGGUCAAUGACCGCUUGACGACGCCCGCGGCCAUCUUGUCCACCGUCGCUCGGCCAUCCUCGGCCACAUUCGGCCACCCGACGACGGCCGACGAGCCGAGUCCAUCUCCAACCCUAAUCGUACCGACGCAACGUCGACUUUUGUGUAAUCAAUAUUUAUUACGCUAUCGAGCUGCCAUGAUUUAUUAGCGCGUAGGCGGCUUUUGUUAUGUAUUUUGAGUAGCCGUUUGAGAGUCGAUUUAGAAUAAAAUUUGCCGUGCGCAUUCGCGGUGCAGUAUUCGUGUGUAUUCAAGCUACAUAAUAAAGGCUCAAUAAUCACGUUAACUAUUCAUCAUAGUCAUUCAUAAUAGUUAGUAUCGUAUUUAAUGUUAUAAUGGUAUAGUAGUUAUUCGUGUACUCAACAUAUAUCGAGAAAUAAUGGUUCGUGACAUUUCCAAUAUGUAUGUAAGUUAGAUUUUAUGUAUUGGUGUAGUGAAAACCGAAUUUCAAUGAGUAUUCGUCGGCGCAUAUCAGAGCUGGUUCGUGCUGGGCGAGCGGUUGUUUAGUCUGUGAUUCGUGAAUGCAGUUUUUUGUUUUUAAUUAAUUAAGACAAAGGAUUGUCGCAGUCAUCUUUUGUAUUUUUUAUAAGCGCAGCUGAAAUGCUAUUUGGCGACGUUUUUUAAUUUUGUACGGUUAGAUGUUUCAAUAGUACGUUUAGAUGCAAAAUAGAAUAGAAACGUGUUUACUUCGAUAAUAUUUUAUGAUGAAAUAAUCAACAUUAUCUUCCUACAUUUUCCAAGCUAUGCUUAGUCUUCUGUGUCUUGUGUUGUAGUAUUUUAUUAUUGGCGCUAAAAUUUUAAAGUAUCUCGGAAAGAGACUUGGCUCUCUCUAAAUUCGAAAUUAAUUCCGAGCCAGUUUUAGAACGUUUUUUUCCUCGGCUAAUUUUAUUGUGGAAGAAAACUAUCAUUGACAGCAGGCGCGGAUUCAGGUGUUGAAACUGUAGAAUCUGCCUGUCAACAAGCGACUAUCUUUUUUUUUUUUCAAUAAUAUGGCUCAUCUUAGUUGAAUAAAAAUGUCUACGCCAUUAUUCUUAACUUAAGGCACUUUGACUCAAUUUUCUCUUAUAAAUUUAAAUAUGAAUAUACUCUUUAAUGUUGACCCUAAGUCCGCGCCUAGUUGCCAAAAGGGACGCAUGGAGUCGGCACCCUAGAUGCCAACGACUGUCUCAUGAUAUCAUAGAUGUAAUUUCUAUAUUCUCAACAUGUGUAAAGUUUAGAUUUAGCCUUUGUCCGUGAGCGAGAAUGCAAGUUCGAUUGGUUUUAGUGCAGAGUGAAAAUUCUUGAGAUUAAAUGUUAGAGCUUUUGCGUGCGCCCGCCAGAGGCGCUGAUAGUUCCAUUUUACGUUCGAAAUAAAGUUUUCUUUUUAUUAUAGUUAUUUUACUAUACUUUUUAGUAUUUACAUUAUUAACUGUAAAAGAUAAACUUUAUGCCAUACUCAUGGAAUAUAAAAUUGUAUGUAAAAUUAUCUGUAUUAACCAAAAAUUGAUUCGGCUAAUCUUCUGAAUAUUUCAGAAACUUAUUAAUUAAUAAAUUGUGCCAAAAUAUAAUGUAUUCUUCAAUUAACUUAUCGUAAUGUUCAUCAAUAAAAAUUGAAUUAUAUCCAGUUUCAAUCAUAAAUGUACUUGUGUAAAAAUGGAGAUCGAAGAUUUUUGGAAUGAUUGAUUGAUGAGAAAUUUAAAGGUAAUUAUCGGUCAUUUGUCGGUAAAGUGCGAGCGAUAUAAAGUUAGCAUAGUAGUAUUUCGUGUAAAUACUAAAAUAAAUGUCUAUCGUUGUAUUGGAUUAAUAAAGUAAGUGUCCAUCUAUAAUAUCGUCAAAACAAAAUACAAUAAAAAACGAUUAUGAUAAUUGUCGGUAUAUGAAACGUAAGUGUUUCUCAUAAUAUCUUUUAGGCGGUUAGCACCGACGAGAUGCAAGUUUCUUAAAUGUUCAGAAGCAGAGCUAUUUGAAUUAAUUGCAAAUGUUUCGAAAUAUAAAAUUUGAUAAUGUAAUGGACUGCUAAUUUUUUAUUAUUUCAUACCGAGUCGGAAAUAAUAUCUAAACUUGACAUAAGAAAUCUGAUAUUCAUCGCUAAUAAACAUGUAAAUUUUGCUUAAAAUUAAGCUAGCUGUAUCGCAUUAAUAAAUUGUAGGUUUUUGAACCUCUUAACUCUCCUUACGAUCAAAAUUCAAUAAAAAUGACGCCCUUUUUGCCGUGAAUUAUCAGUAUUUAGGCCAAUACACAGUGAAUUACUGCGAAUACUUCGUAAUCAUAAGUUUCCCAAAUAUAUCCUCCUUGCUUAACCUUAUAUUUAUUCAAAGUCGAAAUUCCUUAUAAUAUAUUCUUAACUGGUGUAAUCUAAUCUUUCUAUUGUAGUACAGUUAACAUCAAAAUGUAGUGGACUUUCUAAUGAUACUAAACCCAUCUGAUAAUGUUUCCUUUUCAAACAUAAUACAUUAAAUUAAAUUACAGACUUUUCCAAAUGAGUACAGUAGUAACAGAGAAGACUAAAAACUUUCAAGAUAUAAAUGAUUAUAAAUAUUGUAUUGUUAGCAGUCUUCUUUUAAUGCUACAUUACAUUUUUGUUUGAACAAUAAAAAAUUAUUUGAAAAUCUUUUAUUUGCUUGUCAGACUAAAAAGCUAAAUAGCAAAGGUUUUACCCAAAGGAAAAAUCCUGCUGAUAUUAUUCAUGUUACGAAUAACUUUCUAAUACUUAUUACUUGUUUAAUUACUACAUGUAACAUGAUAUAAUUAUUAUUGAACACAAACCUUGUAUUAUUUGAUUGAAGUGUAAAAUAAAACAUUUGCUUGCUGUUUACUUUCACCGAUUUAAUUACAUAUCAAAUUGUAUAUUGAUGAAGUGAAUCCAUGAAUGUACAGAAAAAAAUGCAAAUGUUUUAUUGUAUGUUUUCUAUAAUUUUUGAUCUCAUAACUGCUAUCUUGGCAAAUUAAUUUAAAUUGGCAAUGUUGUAUGGAAAAUGCAAUUUGGAAUUGCUGAUAAAUUAACAAUGUGUGUAAUCAUCACAAACUUUUCUAAUAAUAGCCAAAACUAUCAUUGUUAGUGUAAAGAAUUUUAUUAAGUUGAAUAAAUUAGUACAAAAAUAUGUUUUAAUUAUUUUUCAAAUUGUAACCUUUCAACCAAAUCGCAUAUUAAUGUUAGACUAUGCAAUAGUUAUUGAUUUAAACUUCUUCAAAUGUAAAACAUUUUCAUUUUAUUCCAUAAUGACAUCUUGAAUUUUAUUUCAUUAGAAUAUUCUUUUAAAUUAUAAGUGAUGAGAUUUAUUAUUUUAUCUUAAUUUGCAAGUAAUGAUUUGUAUUUAUUGUACAAAUAAAAAUUUGCAUUGAA